GGCUCCUCUAUAGGGAGAGAGGGGCUCUAAAGGGAGGGCUCGAGGGGAGCUGUCUUUGUGCAGCCUGGCCUGAGGAGCCCUGUCCUUAUCCUGGCCUGUGCUGGGGCCGCCCUCUGGGUGCCCCUGCUCGCCUCACGCCCUCAGUCCUGGCUCGAGGGGGGCUCCCCGCAGCCCCCUUGUUCUGUCAGGGAGCGGGGGACUGCCCGUUACAGCUCCCUGAGCUCUUCUUCCCGUGUCCCCACAGGGCUUUAAAGACUAUUGGGAGUGCUGAGAGCUAGGGGCAGAGAGCAGUGUGUGGUGUGGCCUCCUCUGUAUUCUUGGCCUUGAACUACUAACAUCAUUGCUACCUAAGAUGCAUCCAGACCUGUCUCCUCAUCUGCACACUGAAGAAUGUAACCUAAUUAUCAGUCUGCUCAAGAAAUGUCACAAGGAGCACAACAUUUUGAAAUUUUUUGGCCAUUGCAAUGAUAUUGACCGUGAGAUGCGGAAGUGCCUAAAGAAAGAGUAUGAAGCAAACAGGAUCAAGAACCAGGAGACGCGACGGAGAAUAAUUAAUGCUCAUAAAAACUCUGAGAAGUGAGCUGCACUCUAGCUGGACAGCUGCAUCUUGAUAGUGACACUCGCAUGAAAGCUGACAGAAUAUCUUUCAGAUCACCACUGUUCAAUUCAACCUAUUGUUUGUGACAUGAUGGAAAAAUAAAUGUACUUAAAACAUACUUAUUCCUACAAAGUCAAACUGAAUGUGGAAAAAAGUGAAAAUAAUAAAUGAUCACCCAUAGCUUAAUUUUUGACCUCAAAAAGAAAAAUAUUGUGGCAGUUCUUUGUUCUGGUGUAAUUUUGUUACAGCUGUUAAGUAAUGAUGAGUCAGUGUGUAGAGUAUUACGCAGUCAGAGCUGCUGUAUUCCCAGCCUCGUGUUGAGUUGCGUUUAUUCUUUCAUGUUUAGGAGUUUCUUUCAUUUUUUUUCCUACAAAACACUGAAUGACUUUUCAUUCACUCUUUGGGAUGUUGUGAUAACACUGCUUAAAUGAAUUAUUACAAAUAAAUUUUAAAGGGACAUGACUUGACAUUGGGAGUGGCCUAUCAAGCAGUAAUUGGAGUUCUGGUGUUUUUAUUGGAACCCAAAUCAUGAAGUGACCAUCUUCUGUUGAGAACAUUAAAAAGUGUUUAGAAACUCAGAACGAACAUUUUUCAAGGGUUUACAGAGCCUUGCCUUGAUUUUAUGCUGAGUGUAAUCAGUGUAUGCUGAGUAAUUUUGAAGAGGAAUGCUGCCAAAAAUACAAGCUAUGUUGUUCUUCCACAUAUGCUGGUACUAAAGGGGAAGUCAAGUUCUAUGCAGUGUGCACUAGGUGAUCCUGCUUGGCAGGAGGGUUGGGCUAGAUUAUGUUCAGAGGUCCCUUCCAACCUCAGCCACUGCAGUCAUAGAGCUGCUUUUCUGGGUGUCUCAUUAAUUUUAAAUGACACUUCUUUCACCUAGCAAAAAAAAAAAAAAAACUUGUAAAAAAAUCAGUUUUAUUGAGCUAAAUAUAAGUGUCUUGAACCCCUUUGAAGAAAGAGUGCCUGUUCUCCAAUGAGUUCUACAGUUUGUUAUAAGAACUGUUGUUGAUACACAGAGUUAUUCGUGCAUCUAUUUUUUUUGGAACAAAGCUAUAUUUUGUGUUCUACUUUGAAAGAUUCAUUAGAAGAAUUUUACUUAUUUUUCAAUACCUGGAUGGAUCUGGUUAAAUUGGUAAAAACUUGACCACAAAUGUAUCCUUGUAGAAAGUGAGUGAGAGUUCCAAGUAAAACAGAAACAACUACUGCUGUGUGUUUUGAUGUGCUCUCUGUUAGAACAAGUUCAUGUGCAUUAUGUGAAUUAAACACUCGAGUGGUUGGAA